AAUUUUAAACAGCUUUUCCAGACGCGGAAGAAAAACAACACGGCAAAGCGAUGGACAUCGGUGGUUUGGAAACUGUCGUAGCAAACUCAGCUUACGUGUCAGCCCGAGGCGGCGCGGAUGGAUGUGCAGCAGCCGCCAUGCGCGACAAAAUGCGUGCCAGGCUGAAACUUCCUCACAUCAGAGAUUGCCAACACAUGAAGACCACUGUAGACACAACCUUUGAAAGCAUGUGUACCAAACAGCCCAUUGGCAAGUGCUUGUUUCAGCAGUUCCUCCAGAGUAGUGCCACCUACAAAAAUGCUGGAGAGCUGUGGAAAGACAUAGAAGACUACGGUAUAAGCCAGGAGAACGACAGGCUGCAGAAGGCCCGGAGAAUGGUCAACACGUAUUAUGAGACAGAUUCGAAGCAUUUCUGCAGUUUCCUUGAGGAGAAAGCCAUCAUUCGCGUCAAAGAAGACCUAAAGAACGUCCGUGCUGACCUGUUCAAGGAAAGUGAGCAGCAGUUGCUCCGACAUCUGGAGAAGAAGGCCUUAGAUGAGUUCAAGAACAGCAUGUUCUUCCUACGUUUCGUUCAGUUCAAAUGGCUGGAGAGCCAGCCCUUUGAUGAAGAGUGGUUCAUGGACUUCAGGGUUCUAGGUAAAGGAGGUUUUGGGGAAGUGUUUGCCUGUCAGGCGAAAGCAACGGGUAAAAUGUACGCCAACAAGAAGUUGGAGAAGAAGCGACUUAAGAAACGCAAAGGCUACGAGGGAGCGAUUGUGGAGAAGCGUAUCCUUGUAAAAGUUCACAGCCGUUUUAUCGUGACACUGGCUUAUGCAUUCCAGACCAAGACUGACCUUUGUCUGGUCAUGACCAUCAUGAAUGGGGGAGAUCUCAGAUUUCACAUGUAUAACGUAGACGAGAAGAAUCCAGGUUUUGAUGAGAAGAGAGCACGGUUUUACACAGCUCAGAUUAUCUGUGGGUUGGAGCAUCUUCAUCAGCACAGGAUCAUCUACCGGGACCUGAAGCCAGAGAAUGUUCUGCUGGACGACGCAGGACAUGUCCGGCUGUCAGAUUUGGGUCUUGCUGUCGAGCUUCCACCUGGAAAGGAUAAGACCGCAGGCUAUGCUGGGACUCCAGGUUUCAUGGCUCCAGAGUUGCUACAGAAGAUAGAGUAUGACUACACAGUGGACUACUUUACUUUGGGUGUCACCCUGUAUGAGAUGAUUGCUGCUAAAGGUCCAUUUAGAGUACGAGGAGAACAGGUGGAAAACGACGAGGUUGCUAGAAGAACCUUGAAUGAUCCUGUUUUCUACCCGCCGAGCUUCAGCAAGGAGUGCAAAGACCUUUGUGAAUGUCUGAUGGAGAAGGACCCGGAAAAACGACUGGGCUUCAAAGACAAUGAAUGCACAGAGCUCAAAAAUCAGCCGUUCUUCAAAGAAAUUAACUGGGGACGCCUGGAAGCAGGCGUGUUGCCUCCACCAUUUGUCCCUGAUCCCAAAAUGGUCUACGCCAAAGAUAUCGAUGAAGUGGGUGUGUUCAGCACAAUCAAAGGAGUGGUGCUGGAUGACAAAGACGCAGAGUUUUACAAUGACUUUGCUUCUGGAAACAUCCCAAUUCCCUGGCAGGAAGAGAUGAUAGAGACGGGCGUGUUUGGAGAAAUGAACGUCUGGGGCGAGGGCGGCAAGCUGCCCAAUGAUCUCGACCCAAACUACAUAGAGGCCAAAGGUGGAGUCUGUGUGCUGCUGUGAGCGAGAGGAAGCUCACAUGGAACUGAUAACAGAGUUUUCGAGGAAGAUGUUUUGUCUUCUCUUUCCAACAGAAACUCCUUUGAACCAGAUUUGAUUUGGGGUCAGAGGGUCAAUUAACCGGAGAAACUUAGAGAAACUCCCUACAGGAGAGAGGAGGGUGGAAGGCACCGUGUACGAGACUGAUAAGAUAUAAAAGGAGAAUUUUAUGUGUUAAGCUUCACUUCUUCUUCUUCCUUCUUCUCUCUUACUUUUCUUUUCUUUUCUCAGAUGCUGAUAUUUACUCUGAUUUUCUAAAUAAAAUAUCUAAAGACAAAUGCACAUUUCUCUGAUUGAUUCAGUGCAUCGCUCUCCCCCAAAACGAAAAAGAUUUUCCCUAAACAACUUUUAGUACAUCUUUAGCACAAAAACACGACUGUAUUUAUUUUUUUACUCUAUAAAAUAUCACAGUGUUAAACUUAAUGAACGUAAAUGUGGCUACAGUCAAAUGAAUAUGAAGUAAACUAAUAAGACUGUCUGUCUCUGUUGUAUGAAUAAAAGUGUGUCUAUGUACAGAUGUUGUAGGAAAUAAUAGUUAAAAGAAUUUAAUAAAAAUGUGACAAGCAAAAAUAUAUUCUGUCUCCCUCCUCUUAAAGGGUUUGAAAUUAAAAUAUAUUUUUCCUUUUUUAAUAGCAACAUUGUUUAAUGAAUACAAAGAAAGGGGGUUUGA